AUUAUUCAUGACAUGCCAAUGUUGUUCCACCUCACGCGGGCUCGCGGAGGAGAAAAACAUACUGGAAACGAGUGAAGAUCGUCACCAUGGCGACAGCGAUUUAUCUCGAACAUUAUCUCGAUAGCAUUGAAAACCUGCCCUGUGAGCUCCAGAGAAACUUCACACUCAUGCGGGAACUCGACAACAGAGCGGAGGAAAAGAAAUGCGAAAUCGACAAGCUCGCAGAGGAAUACAUCACUAACGUCCGAAAUCUGGCCCCCGAUCAGAGGGUGGAGCACCUGCAAAAGAUUCAGAACGGAUUCAGCAAAUGCAAAGAAUACAGCGAUGACAAAGUGCAGCUCGCCAUGCAGACGUACGAAAUGGUGGACAAACACAUCCGAAGGCUCGAUGCUGACCUCGCUCGCUUUGAGAACGAGUUGAAGGAGAAGUUGGACGUCAGCGGCUAUGAAAGUCCAGACAGCAGAACGCCCAAGAAGGUAAGUGGUAGAGGAAGCCUGAAGGAAAAACGACGCCCUAAAGGAAGAGGACGUAAAUCUUCAGACGACGACUCGCCACGGAAAAAGAAAAUGAAGAACAGCCCUGAGUUCUCUGAAUCCAUCUUACCAGUUCACCCGUCAGACGUCUUAGACAUGCCCGUGGAUCCCAACGAACCCACAUACUGCCUGUGUCACCAAGUGUCAUAUGGAGAAAUGAUCGGAUGCGACAACCCGGAUUGUCCCAUUGAGUGGUUUCACUUCGCCUGUGUUGAUCUGACGACAAAACCCAAAGGGAAAUGGUUCUGUCCACGCUGCACCCAGGAUCGAAAGAAAAAAUGAGACGUUGAGAUUACAUUUCUAUAUGAAUAUAUAUACGUAUGCAUAUAUAUGUAUUUUGUGGUAAAAUAGGAUAAUAUAUACUCCUUUAUAUGGCCAUGAUGAAAUAUAUGAGGGUCACGAGGAAACAAAGUUUUUAUUUUUCAAAGUACUUGAAAUGUUUCCAUUUCUUUAAGUUUCAUUCUGUGUUGUCAAAUUGUCUUUUUCAGGCAAUCUCGGAUAUAUUAUAUAUGAUAUAGGCUAUAUUUUUCCCCCUCUCUUUACAUACUGAUUAUUUUUAUGAAGCUUCAAGCAUCUGAAAUAUCACUCUUGUGCUUUGCUCAUGAAAUGUUUUUAGUCGUUCGGCUCGAUUUCGCAGCCAACGUACGAUUGUAUUUCCCGCUCUUGCACUUAAAGUACAAUGCGACUACUUUUCCUGCAAAUACCGAUUUGCUUUGAAACUCUCCCUGUUGUUAGAGAGAAGUGAAACUUUGAAGUGCAAGUGUGGGGUUUUAUCGUUCCUAAUCGUGUAAUUGCAGAUAAUACCCCAAAAUCUCAAGAGGUAUAAGUGCCAUCAUUUGAGGCUCUUCCGCUCGAGUUGGACAAUCGAAUUCCGCUUCAUUUUUCGUUUCCGAGAAUCUUUUGCAGAACUCAAAGCGAUUAACUACUGCGUUUCAAACUCCAUCUCCAAGAAAGCGACAGUGCACGUGCGACGUUGUUGAAUGUUUUAAAUGCACGAUUUUGGCAGUAUCUGCCGUCUUUUCUCCAGCAGCUUUGAUGCACUUUUUAAUCGACCGAACUAAGCACUCAGCACUCGCUUUCGGAUUCAAAGCCGUUUUUAUUGCUGUAAAGGUCGGCAACCCAAACAAAAUGUCAGAGGAUCUACCAAAGUGAGAUUAAGCAGUGUCAACGCUGCUCUUGUGUUAUUUUAUGAUUCUAUAUGUGAUCCAAAUAUAAAACAUGAAAUAUUACUUCUAUUAUAUUGACGUGAGACUACCUUAUUGAACACAAGUACCUGUCCGUCUUCAUAUCGUGUCAUCAGUAGUGGGUAGAAUCCACAGGGUUGAAAGUGUGACAAUCAAGUAGCGUUUUAUUUUUUCAUGUUUAACUAUCCCUGGAUAUAUGGACUAGACGUUCCGUACAGCUUUUCAUAAAAACAAAUAAAUAUUUACCAUUAAAACUC